AUGCAAAGAACUAUGCUGAGGCAGUGGGACCGUCUCUCCAAAGAAAACCCCACCCCUCCUGCGGUCCAGCCAUCAAACAUUUUUCCAAUGGCUACUUCCACACCGCAUGUUCCUACAAUGAACAGAGCUGAACCUACACUUCUCACCAACCCGUCCCCCAGCCCUAACACACUGGAGCUGAGCAAUACUUCCAGAGUGAUAGCAGCAGCUCUUUACCAUGCCAAGCUGGAACCUCCCGUAUUCACAGCGGACAACAAGACUGUUUUUCUACCCUCGGACAACCAAGAACGCAUUCUGAGAGGACUGUUGGAUCGUGUCCAGGCUCAAGAUGAGCCCCUGGCAACUUUUGUCGCCCAUAUGCUGAGUAUUAAACCGGACCCGGACAAGAUCAAGGCAGUGACGGAAUUCAACACCCCAACUACCGUGAAACAUGUCCGGCAGUUCCUUGGCCUGACUGGAUACUACCGCCACUUUAUCCAGGAUUAUGCUCGGCAUGCUGAGCCUCUACAUGCGCUCACAAGAAAGGACGCGACUUUCCAGUGGGACGACGACUGUCUUCGUGUGUCCAGAGCCUACAUCACUCGUCUGGUCUCGGAGCCAAGGUCCUGGACCGAGGCCCAGAGGUUCUGCAGAGAGACCUGUGUGGACCUGCUGACCCUGCACCACAUGCAGGAGCAGGAGGUCCUGCUGGAGGAGGUCCAAGGUCGGUAUGAAGACGCGGCGUGGAUUGGUCUUUACAAAGGCCUGGACCUGAACUGGGGCUGGUCUCUGUCCAACGAGAGCUUCUACAGAGAAGGAGAGAAGACUUUCUUCUCUUCACAGAUCACCUCCAACAAGAACUGUGUGUCCUUUAUCGACGGAGAGGCCCGGACCGACGACUGCACCGCCCAGAAGCCUACCGUGUGCUUUAACCUCUCCUCCACAGAGAGCAGUGAGGACCAGUACCAUUUCUUCUCUGUGCUGAAGUACUGGCCGUGGGCCCAGGAGAUGUGCAGACUGCAUCACACAGACCUGGUGAGUGUGCGGACCCCGGCGGAGGCUGAGGCGGUGGCUGCAGCCGCCCAGGGGCAGGAGGUGUGGGUGGGGCUCUUCAGGGACCGCUGGCUCUGGUCCGACGGAGACCCCUCCUCCUUCAGGUUCUUCGCUGCAGGAACACAGCCAUACACUGACACCAAACCUGCCUGUGUCGCCAUGACGACGGGCGGGAGAAACCACUGUUUUCCAGAAGCAUUGAGUCACUACAACUGCAGCUGCUCAGGACAGAAGAUGAGCCUGGUGAGCCUGGCCGUCCUGCUGUGUCUCUCUGUGGGAGCCGUGUCUGCCCGAGAGAAUUUGGCUCUGGGAGGAAAUGCCACGCAGAUCGACACGUACAACGAACUGGGAGCUGCCUCCAACGCCAUCGACGGGAAGCGGGAAUCUAUCUACUAUCUGAACUCCUGCACACACACGUACACGACCUCUGAUCCCUGGUGGAGGGUGGACCUGGGGGAGGCCUGCUGGGUCACCUCCAUCAGCGUCACCAACAGAGGAGACUGCUGCGCCGAGCGACUGGACGGGGCCCAGAUCCGCGUGGGGAACUCUCUGGACAACAACGGCAACAGCAACCAUCUAGUGGCUACGAUCAUCAGCAUCGCACAAGGACAAACUGAGAACUUUAGCUUCACUGAACCAGUUCAGGGUCGCUACGUCAACGUGUUUCUCCCUGGAACCAACAAGUACCUGACCCUCUGUGAGGUGGAGGUCUACGGGAACAAAGGAGAGGAUCCAGGACAAGCAAACUUAGCUUUAAAUGGACAAGCGACGCAGAUCGACACGUACAACGAACUGGGAGCUGCCUCCAACGCCAUCGACGGGAAGCGGGAAUCUAUCUACUCUAUGAACUCCUGCACACACACGUACACGACCUCUGACCCCUGGUGGAGGGUGGACCUGGGGGAGGCCUGCUGGGUCACCUCCAUCAGCGUCACCAACAGAGGAGACUGCUGCGCCGAGCGGCUGGACGGGGCCCAGAUCCGCGUGGGGAACUCUCUGGACAACAACGGCAACAGCAACCAUCUAGUGCAGACCAUAGCUCACAUACCAGGGGGAACGACUCAGACCUACUCUCUGCCGAAUCCUGUCGAGGGUCGCUACGUCAACGUGUUUCUCCCUGGAACCAACAAGUACCUGACCCUCUGUGAGGUGGAGGUCUACGGCAUCCAGCCAGAAGGAGCACCGCUGGAGACCAAGUAG